AUGUUGUGCAUAUCUUCUUCUUUGCGUCUGCUCCUCCUUAUAUAGUCAGGAGCAGGGAAAAAUAAUUGAGUGGAAUUGAGAGAGGGAGAGAAGAGGGAGACGAAUGGAAGAGGAUAUGGAAGUGAUGUGAGAGGGAGGCAAAGGGACAGUCCACUUCAUUAAUAAUUAAGUGGAAUUGAGAGUGGGAGAAAAAGAGACGAAUGAGGAAGCCAUGGGAGUCAUGUGAAAGGGAGGCAAAGGAUAGCCAUCACUUCAUCCACAACACAGCUUAGAUUAAUAUUUUAUUAACUGCAAAGCUGCUGUCAUUCAUAACACCAAUCUUAUACUUGCAGGGUGUUAAAUUUGUAUUUGUUUGUUUUGCAUUCUUUUUCUCUUCUUAAAAAAUUUAUUAACUGGGUCCGCGCUGGACCAGAAGCCAAAAGGGUCGCUGGCUGUAACAGCUGCGGAGUAGGCAGCAGGUGGUGACAAUUUGGUUUGAUGGCUGGCCCAACAGAUGACCUAGUUCUUGGAAUUCUCGGUGUAAAAGGGGAAAGUGCAGAAGAAGAGGAGGAGAGAAAGAAGAAGAAGGAUAUAGGGGAGGAGGGAGGGAGAAAUAUGGUGCCGGUGGCGGCCGGAAACUCGAUUCACCGGUCGGGUCCUCGGCCGCAGCUCGACCUCAGUGGCGCCGCAAUUCAGGGGAAUUUUGAGGAAAGGAACCCUACCAUUCUGUUGCCUAAUCAAACUGAUGACAUAUCUCAUAUGGCUCUGGAUAUUGGAGGAUCUCUCAUCAAGUUGGUAUACUUUUCAAGACAUGAGGACCGAUCCGUUAACGAUAAAAGGAGGAGAUCCAUCAAGGAGAGAUUGGGAAUUUCAAAUGCUAAUAGGAGGAGCUACCCUAUUCUUGGUGGGAGGCUCCAUUUUUUGAAGUUUGAGACAAGCAAGAUUUAUGAGUGCUUAGAUUUUAUAUAUUCGAAGCAACUUCACCGUGGUGGGAUGGAUUCUCCCAGUUGGUUGUCGAAGGCUCGUGCUAAUGAAAAUGCCAUAAUUAAGGCCACAGGUGGUGGGGCUUACAAAUAUGCAGAUUUAUUCAAAGAAAGGCUUGGUGUUAAUCUUGACAAAGAGGAUGAAAUGGAUUGCCUCGUGGCUGGAGCCAAUUUUCUGCUGAAGGCAAUCCGUCAUGAGGCUUUCAUGCACAUGGAUGGUCAAAAAGAGUUUGUUCAGAUUGACCAUAAUGAUUUGUUCCCUUAUCUUCUUGUUAAUAUUGGUUCUGGUGUUAGUAUUAUCAAGGUUGAUGGAGAUGGAAAAUUUCAGCGGGUUAGCGGGACGAAUGUAGGUGGUGGUACUUAUUGGGGAUUGGGAAGGCUGUUAACAAAGUGCAGGAGUUUCGAUGAGUUGCUAGAGCUCAGCCAACGGGGAGAUAACAGGACCAUAGACAUGCUUAUUGGGGACAUAUAUGGUGGUAUGGAUUACUCUAAGAUUGGUCUCUCUGCAUCAACUAUUGCUUCCAGUUUUGGCAAAACAAUUUCUGAAAACAAGGAACUCCAAGACUAUAGGCCUGAAGAUAUCUCCCUCUCUCUUUUGCUUAUGAUUUCAUAUAAUAUCGGGCAGAUAUCUUACUUGACUGCACUUCAAUUUGGGCUGAAGAGAAUAUUUUUUGGAGGAUUUUUCAUUAGGGGUCAUGCUUAUACUAUGGACUCUAUCUCCUUUGCUGUUCAAUUUUGGUCAAAAGGAGAGGCACAAGCAAUGUUUUUGCGGCAUGAAGGGUUUCUAGGAGCUUUAGGUGCAUUCAUGAGCUAUGAAAAGCAUGGGCUUGAUGAUUUGAUGGUCCACCAGUUUGUUGAAAGGUUCCCAAUGGGUGCACCAUGUGUGGGUGGGAAGAUUCAUGGACCACCCUUAGGUGAUUUGAAUGAGAAGAUUUCAUGGAUGGAAAAAUUUGUGCUGAAGGGAACUGAGAUUACUGCUCCUGUACCCAUGGCUCCACCUGGAACCACUGGCCUUGGAGGCUUUGAAGUUCUGUCAUCAAGAGGGCGUGCUCUGCGUUCUGAUGCGAGUGCUUUAAAUGUUGGUGUCUUGCACCUGGUUCCAACUCUGGAAGUGUUUCCGUUGUUGGCCAAUCCCAAAAUGUACGAGCCCAACACCAUAGACCUCUCAGAUCACAGUGAGCUAGAGUAUUGGUUCACUGUGCUGUCAGAGCAUUUACCAGACCUUGUUGAUAAGGCAGUGGCAAGUGAAGGAGGAACUGAUGACGCUAAAAAAAGGGGUGAUGCAUUUGCUCGUGCAUUUUGUGCCCACUUGGCAAGGUUGAUGGAGGAGCCUGCUGCUUAUGGAAAGCUAGGGCUGGCCAAUCUUUUGGAACUAAGGGAGGAAUGUUUGAGAGAGUUCCAUUUUUUUGAUGCAUAUAGAAGCAUAAAGCAGAGGGAAAAUGAAGCAUCCCUUGCUGUAUUUCCUGACCUUCUGAUGGAGCUCGAUAGUAUGAGCGAGGAAACAAGACUGCUCACCGUAAUUGAAGGAGUUCUUGCUGCAAACAUCUUUGACUGGGGAUCUCGUGCAUGUGUAGAUCUAUAUCAUAAAGGAACAAUUAUUGAAAUUUACAGAAUGAGUCGCAACAAGAUGCAGAGACCUUGGCGGGUGGAUGAUUUUGACAUUUUUAAGGAGAGAAUGUUAGGGUCUGGAGGCAAGAAAGCUCAGCCACAUAAAAGGGCACUGCUUUUUGUGGACAACUCAGGAGCUGACAUUGUCCUAGGGAUGCUUCCCCUGGCACGGGAACUCUUGCGGCAUGGAACUGAAGUUGUUCUGGUUGCAAACUCCCUUCCUGCUCUAAAUGAUGUUACUGCAAUGGAGCUUCCUGAUAUUGUGGCCGAGGCUGCCAAGCACUGUGACAUCCUCCGUGGAGCUGCUGAAGCAGGAGGUCUACUGGUGGAUGCAAUGAUUAACAUCCGAGAUGGUUCUAAAGAAAACUCACCUGUACCUCCUUUGAUGGUUGUUGAGAAUGGGUGUGGAAGUCCAUGCAUAGACUUGAGGCAAGUAAGCUCUGAGCUAGCCGCUGCUGCAAAAGAUGCUGACUUGAUUGUCUUAGAAGGGAUGGGCAGGGCUCUUCAUACCAACUUCAAUGUUUCGUUUAAAUGCGAAGUUCUUAAGCUUGCAAUGGUUAAGAAUCAAAGGUUGGCAGAAAAGCUGAUUGGAGGAAACAUUUACGACUGUGUCUGCAGAUACGAACCAGCCACCUAAAACAUCUCUAAAUAUUUAAAGCACCUAAUAUUUAGAUUCAAUUUCCAUCAUUUUUUUCUUGGAAUGAUGUGAUAGCAUCUUAAUUGGAAUCAGAAUCAUGUGGCUCAACAACCUUGGGUAUAUUGUCCUAAUGGCAGCUUCUUUCCCCUUUUUUCCCUCCCUUUCUUCUUGGAAGAAAGUAGGGGAAAUUUGGGAAGGGGCUAUUUUUCUAUUGAGUGUUCUAUAGUAUUUAGGACCGAGCCAUUCGGUUGCCCAGGGCAUGCUGCAGGAAUCUUCAAAUGGAGCUUGCAGGGUCUGCACUGCACCUGAUUGUGGAAGAUGAUCGAGACUUGCACUUGAACUGAGCCAUUUGAGACUUGGUCUGUGAGUUGAUCCAUUUUCAAUGGCUAUACUGAUUUUUUUUUUGUGUUCAAAAUGUUACUAUGUAAAUUUGGUCAUGGUGCACCUCAGUUUCACUGUUGUACAUGUAUUUAUUUUGUAAAUUUAGGCCUGUAUUAUUCUACAGAUUCUGUAGUUUGUAGCCCAGAAUUUUUUCUGCAAGUUCCUGUUUUAUUUCUCA